UGGAACUGCAGCUAAAGAGCCGACUGGGAAACUCGUGGAGGACUGGGCAGCUAUCUGGGGCACACCUUCCCCGCCGCUGCCGCCGUCCCCCACCCCCUAGAGAUGGGGGUGGAGCAUGAGGAAAGGGAAGGGGCCGGGCUUCAUGGGGGCUGCCCUCCCUCUCUCUUUCUCCUAGCCUUGUCUUCCGGCGCCGACUGUCCAGCUAUAGUUAUCUACCUAUCAGGAGAGGAAGCUCAUGGAGCCCAACCUGCAUUUCUGGAUCCGAGAAAACCAAACUUUUGUCCAAAGAUUUCUUCACUGCCUUGACAUACUAGACCCAAUAAAUGCACUGCUCUCUCAUAAAACAAUAAAAACUGCAAGAGAACUAUUAAAGAGUGAACAGGCACCUAAAGAUCACACAGAAGACCAAAAGAUACAAAAAGCCUGGAAACAGAGCCUGGCAACAGUGAAUCCUGAUACUGAGCGUGUGAUUCCUAUGCUAUUUAGGCCUGCAGCUUUUUUGCCUAUUACUGGACCUCUGGUAUUCCUAUUUCUGCAGAAAAGUAAAGGAAUAAAGGCUGCUUUUUUCCCUCAGUUUUUCAUCCAUGCGUAUAAUACUGAAUUUAGCAUAAUAAAUGGAAAUGCAAUCCAUGCAAAAUAUUCUCUUGAACAGCAACUUCUUGGAAUGACUACAAUUAUUUCUACAACAAUUUUUGGAAUUUCCCCUCUUUUUAUGAUGAAUCGAUACACAUUAAAAGGACCUGCUGUUCAGAAUAUUGUUACCAAAAUCUUGCCUAUCCCCCUUCUGGCCUUUUUAAGUAUAUUUAAUGUUGUGGUAAGCAGAAGCCAUGAGUACCAGAAUGGAAUUCGUGUAAUGGAUGAGAAUGGGAAUGUUGUAGGACUAUCUCGAGAAGCUGGGACCAAGGCAGUUGGAGAAACAGCAUUGUCUAGAGGUUUGCUCUUUGGGACUUCAGUUCUUCUUUCAAGUGUUUUUGCUUAUGUUUUGGAAAGGAUCAAGCUUGCCCAUCAAAAUCCAAAAUUUCUAGUGGCCAUGAAAUUAAAUAUGACUCUUCUGGUAAUGGGACUGAUGGUGCCAGUUUCGUUUUGUGUGUUUCCUCAGACAGGGCAGAUACCUCGAACCUCUCUAGAACCAGAAAUCCAGUCCUUGACAGAGGAAGCAACUCUCUAUUAUAACAGAGGACUUUAAAGACCAGUUUGAAAUUUCAUCAUCACUUGUCUUCUCAAAGAGCUUACUCACAGAGUCUAGAAUUAGAAGGAACUCAGAAUAGCUCCAUCUUGUACCUGAGAACACCCCAAAAUCCCCCCCUAAAAUACAAUUUUCUUAACAUUUCA